AACUAAGCGGGACGAACACCUAAUUAUCCACAAACCAAAUCCACAUUCCCAGUCUCAGCAGCAACAGAUAGUUAAGCCCUAACUGCGGAGAGGGAGGGAGAGAGAGUGGCAAUGGCGUGUGCGAGUACUUCAGCUAAUACUACAUGGAGUAUGUCGUCUCUCAGAUCAGCCCUUCCUUCCGUCCCCAAAAAUCCUCCUUCAGUACGCUUCUCGGUGGUUCCAUCUUUACCAUCUUCUCGUCUCAUCCUCUCUCAGCCCAAACCCACAUCUCUCGGCUCCUUCGUCGGCCUCGCUCCUUUUAACCCCCUUCUCUCCCUCAUUUCCGAAGGGUUCACUAGCUUUGAGCAUAACUUCACCAUUGUUGACAAUGGGGGGCGGAUUUUUGCAAUGAGACAUGGGAAGCGAGUUCCGAAACUCAAUAGGCCACCUGACCAACGCCGGGCACUUCUUCGGGGCCUAACGACACAGCUCUUGAAGUUUGGACGCAUAAAAACUACAAGAGCAAGGGCGAGUGCCAUGAGAAAACAUGUCGAUAAGAUGAUUACAUUGGCCAAAGAUGGAUCUCUUCAUAAAAGAAGACAAGCUCUUGGCUUCAUUUAUGAAAAGCAAAUUGUGCAUGCAUUGUUUGCUGAGGUCCCAGAAAGAUACGGGGACAGAAAUGGAGGGUAUACAAGAAUAAUCAGAACCCUCCCAAGACGAGGAGACAAUGCACCGAUGGCCUACAUUGAGCUUGUUUAGAUAUCUUGUUGUAUUUCACAUGCCAAGUUGUUUUGUAAUUAAAUUCCCAUCACUUUAUGCACCUUCUGAUGCAAACUAUUCUGGCUAAAUUUGUUUUUGCUUGGUGCUGCGUUUUAUUUUGUCUUAUUAUGGUUUUCAAGAUCAACUAUAUUUGAGAUUGAUUAAUUUUGCAAAUGUA